UCGCUUGAAACGGAAAACGUCAAAGUGUGUUUUGUUUUCCUCUUGCAUUUUUUCCGACCGUUUCCUGAGCACGGGAAAGGCUUUUCCUGACAAUGGCUUACGUGAGUGACUUAUCAAUUGCUGUGAUUUGCUCCUCCAACAUGAAUCGCUCGAUGGAAGCGCAUGGGUACCUUGCAAAGAAGCGUUUCAAGGUGCGCUCAUUCGGCACCGGUGACAAGGUUAAACUUCCCGGAACGGCAGCCGACAAGCCCAAUGUGUAUGACUUCGGCGUGCCCUACGAUGACAUCUACAAUGAUCUGUGCAACAAGGACAAGCAGUACUACACCCAAAACGGCCUCCUGCACAUGCUAGAUCGCAACCGGCGGAUAAAGCCGGCAGCUGAGAAAUUCCAGCUCUGCACCGAACGCUUCGACAUCAUUGUGACGGCAGAGGAGCGAGUGUAUGAUCAGGUGAUAGAAUUUAUGGAAUCACGGACACCAGUCUACAAUCAGCCCGUGCAUGUGAUCAACAUUGAUAUUCAGGAUAAUCAUGAAGAUGCAACGAUUGGGGCUUUUCUCAUUUGCGACAUGGUGACCAACAUGGCCCAAAGCGAAGAUCUGGACAAUGAUAUUGACGAGAUCCUUCAUGAUUUUGAAGUGAAGGUGUCCAGAUCUGUUCUCCACUGUGUGUUAUUCUACUGAAAGGGAUGCAUGUGAAUCCCUCAAUUAAUUGUACAUUUACACAAAAAAAAACUAUAGAGAUAAACCCAUGAAAAUUUUGUGCUAUAUUAAAUUAUUUACAAAAUCUC